CAUCAUUCUCAUAAGUAGAGUGUAUCAUUCAAGCCAAGCAAGCAGUGGUCAAUACAAAUCCACCAUGAAGACCUUUCUCAUCCUUUCCCUCCUUGCUAUCGUGGCGACCACCGCCACAACUUCAGUUAGAGUUCCAGUGCCACAAUUGCAGCCGCAAAAUCCAUCUCAGCAACAACCACAAGAGCAAGUUCCGUUGGUGCAACAACAACAAUAUCCAGGGCAGCAACAACCAUUUCCACCACAACAGCCAUAUCCGCAGCCGCAACCAUUUCCAUCACAACAACCAUUUCCGCAGCCGCAACCAUUUCUGCCACAACUACCAUAUCCGCAGCCACAACCAUUUCCACCACAACAACCAUAUCCACAACCGCAACCACAGUAUCCGCAACCACAACAACCAAUUUCACUGCAACAAGCACAACAAGCACAACAACAACAACAACAACAACAACAACAACAACAACAACAACAACAACAACAACAACAACAACAACAACAACAACAACAACAACAACAACAACAACAACAACAAAUCCUUCAACAAAUUCUUCAACAACUUUUGCAACAACAACAACUGAUUCCAUGCAGGGAUGUGGUCUUGCAACAACACAACAUAGCGCAUGCAAGCUCACAAGUAUUGCAACAAAGUAGUUACCAACUGUUGCAACAAUUAUGUUGUCAACGGUUGUGGCAGAUCCCCGAGCAGUCGCGGUGCCAAGCCAUCCACAAUGUCGUUCAUGCUAUUAUUCUGCAACAACAACAACAACAACAACAACAACAACAACAACAACAACAACAACAACAACAACAACAACAACAACAACCGUCGAGCCAGGUCUCCUACCAGCAGCCUCAGCAACAAUAUCCAUCGGGCCAGGGCUCCUUCCAGCCAUCUCAGCAGAACCCACAGGCCCAGGGCUCCUUCCAGCCAUCUCAGCAAAACCCACAGCACCAGGGCUCUGUCCAGCCUCAACAACUGCCCCAGAUCGAGGAAAUAAGGAACCUAGCGCUGCAGACGCUACCGGCAAUGUGCAAUGUCUACAUCCCUCCAUAUUGCUCGACCACCAUUGCGCCAUUUGGCAUCCUCGGUACUAACUGAGAAGAUAAGAACUCUAGUACUAGAUAUAUGAAACACCAUUUUCUUAGUCCAUGGUUUGGUGGUUGUACCGGUGAAAAUAUAAAGUGACAUGCACUAUCAUGUAAGAACCCGAACUAUACUAGUUCAAACUUGGGAAUAAAAGACAGAAGGUCUUGUCUGCA